AUGUCACUGGAUUUUAUAAAAGUAACUGCUGAAGUAAAUGGGAGAGAAAUAAAUGCUUUAAUUAAAAAGGAGACAGAAAUUUCGCCUGGAAAUGUGACAUGCACUUCUCAUUGUGAUAUAAACAUUGGAGAUAUAUCAUAUACAGUGCUUUGGGAAUUUGCCCCUAACCCAUCAACAAACACAAUUGAUGAAUCACAACAUGUAGCACGUGAUGUAGCACCAGAAACCAGUGACAACACUGUUGAUAUGGACACAAAACACACAUUGCCAUUCAAGGUUCUAGGGACAUGCCAUUCAACAGACAGACAGAAAGUCCUGGAGUGUGCCUUUGAAUUAAUGGACAACAACAGACAUGUAUUUGUAAAACUACAGCAUGAACCAGACAACCCAUAUGAUGACAAUGCAGUUGCAGUAUUGCUGCAAACAGAUGUCGAAUUUGAACUUGUUGGCUAUAUUGCUAGGGAAUUGACAAAAUAUGUGCAACCAUGCUUAAUGGAUCCAGAUUUUUCAUGCCGAGGUCAGAUGUGUACGUUUCCGCACAACUUAUAUGCUUGUGGGGUUUUAUAUAACAAUAGAUCUCACAAAGAAAGGAUUCUGGCACAAUGA